AUGCGUCUUCUAGGGCUACUAUUAUUCUUGACCAGCCCGGCGCUGCUGGAAGCCUCGUUGAGACCUGCAAAACGCUCUUACGAUACACACAGUUACUAUGUUAUCCACCACGAUCCCUCCUUUGGCCAAUCUCCAGCCGACAGCGCCGCCGCUUUGGGUGCAGAGCUCGUUGAGCAAGUCGGAGAACUCAAGGAUCACUAUCUUGUCCGCUACGAGAAAGAUUCUCAGCCCGAGCGAACGCUCUUCAACACCGGAGACGAGCCAGUCACCCGCAGCAAGAAUGUCUUGACGCGACGACAUGACAAUCUCCCGCCAUCUAUUCGCUCUUUGACAUACCAGACCGUUAGACAGCGUGUCAAGCGUGCACCGGUCCCGUCGUUUCCAUCCGUAGACGAAGUGGUCUCGAAGCUGAACAUCCACGAUCCAAUGUUCUCCUCGCAAUGGCAUAUCGUCAACAAGGAUGAUCCUCAACACAUGGUCAACGUGACAGGCCUGUGGAAGGAGGGAAUCACUGGAAAGGGAGUGAUAUCUGCGCUGUUAGAUGAUGGACUGGAUUAUAAAAGCGAAGACCUGAAGGCAAACUUUUACGCACCAGGCUCGCACGAUUUCAACGACCACGAAGAUCUGCCUACACCGAAACUAUGGGACGACAAGCACGGUACACGAUGUGCUGGAGAAAUUGCUGCCGUCAAAAACGAUGUCUGCGGGGUCGGACUUGCGUACGAUUCAAAAGUAGCAGGAAUUCGCAUUCUAUCUGGGCCAAUAUCCGAUGCAGACGAAGCUAUCUCGCUGAAUUUUGGUUAUCAACAGAACCAGAUUUAUAGCUGUAGCUGGGGACCACCAGACUCUGGACGAGAUAUGGAAGGACCCAACCUCCUGAUCACCAAGGCGAUCCUCAAUGGCAUUAACAAGGGCCGAGGCGGCAAAGGUUCAAUCUUUGUAUUUGCCUCUGGAAACGGUGCUGCCUCGGGCGAUUCGUGUAAUUUUGAUGGGUACACCAACAGCAUCUACACGAUCACUGUCGGUGCCAUCGACAGUAAGGGUUUGCAUCCCUACUAUUCAGAGGCGUGUGCUGCAAACUUGUUUGUGACCUACAGUUCAGGUUCCGGCAAACAUAUAUACACCACAGAUGUUGGUGAAAAAGUCUGCUCUCAUAACCAUGGUGGCACGUCAGCAGCUGCCCCCCUGGCUGUUGGUGCCUUUGCCUUGGCUCUGAGCGUCCGGCCGGAUUUAACCUGGCGGGAUGCUCAGCACAUUGCGAUUCAUGCCGCUCUUCACUUCAACCCUGAAGAUCCUGACUGGGAAAUGACAGCAAGCGGUCGACCAUACUCCUACAAAUAUGGAUAUGGUAAAAUGGACGUAUAUACAUUGGUCCAUAUAGCAAAAUCAUGGCAACUUGUUAAACCACAGGUCUGGAUGUCCCUGCCAACCAUCGAGUUUGAAGAUGCCGCGAUGGAAGAUGGAGUGAUGACUGGAGGCGAACCCAUUAAGGAAGGAGGCGUUCGCAGCACAACCACUAUCACCAAAGCCAUGCUCGAGGAAAACAACUUCGAGAAACUGGAACACAUUACUGUCAAAGUGUGGAUCACACAUACCCGCCGUGGUGAUGUAGAGGUCCAAUUGAUCAGUCCUGCUGGCAUCAAAAGCGUCCUUGGCUCUCGUCGACCGGGAGACUCGGCCGAUACUGGGUAUCCCGGAUGGACAUUUAUGACCGUCAAGCAUUGGGACGAGAAUCCUAUUGGGCAGUGGACGCUGCACGUAUUUGACCAAGGCAACUCGGAAGCUGGUUCGAUUCUCGGAUGGUCUAUGACGCUUUGGGGAUCUGCAAUUGAUCCCGAGGAUACUGAAAAAUAUGAACUGCCAGACGAACCGAACGAAGGCCACAACCUACCACCGCAUCCGACAGCAACAACAUCGACAUCCAAGCAGCAUGUUAAGCCUACACAUCACCUUCCAGGAGAUCACGCUUCACAAAGUGGCGAAGCAACACGACCGGCCUUCCAUCCGACGGAUUCCAAGCCGGGAACAUCUCCGACGAACUCGCCAACGACACUUCCGGCAGAUGAGGGUGUAUUCACGCACAUGUAUGAUCUGCUGAGCAAUCAACUUUGGUUGAUUGGGGCGUUUGGUAUCGUCAUCAUCUUCGGCGUUGGUGCUGGUGUAUUCCUGUGGAGACGACGACAGCUGGCAAAACGGGCAAAGGGCGCAUAUGCACCGAUUCCUGGAGACAAUAUGCCGAUGCGCUCGAUGGAGGGUGGCACUGGUCAAGCCUCAGGAAGUGGGGAGCCGGGCAGCGGAGAACGAAGUGCAGGAGGUACGAGGGAACUGUACGAAGCCUUUGGUGUUGGCUCGGACGACGAGGAUGAAGCCGACGAACACAGUGCACUCACCGGGGGAGGUGCGAGCCGAUACGUGCAGCAGCGACAGUGUCGUACCACGACGGCUUUCUGGACGACGAAGGACUAUCGACAGCUCACACGUCCCGUACGCCGUAUAGAGACGAACUAG